AUGGUCUUUGCCAUACAUCGCAGAGUAAACACUGUUGGAAUUGAAUUAGUGCAUGGAUCCAUCAGGCCCACGACAGUCCAUGAGUUGUUGCUCUUGAUUAUCAGGAACAUCUAUGGCAUUGACGACAUGGAGCUGUACGGCGUGGCUUUAAAUGGCUCAUUCAAGAUAUUCGUAAAAUUGCUCCAAGUGCAGGUGUAUGAGGGUCUUGUUGAUCGUUACCAAGAUCUUAGUAUGGAAGUGACCCCGGAAGUGAGCGUCAGACUUGUGGACGUUUUCCAUCAGUAUAUGUGGGUGAGGGAAAUUUGUUCUGAAAUCCAGUUCAAGUGUAAGUCAUCUGGCGAAUGUAUCCCUCGUUUAUGGGUGUGUGAUGAGACCAAAGACUGUCGAGACUCAAGUGAUGAGGAAAACUGUGGUUUCACGCAUUCACUGUCGACUUCAUCUCCAGCACUGUCGACGUCCAUCAAUGUCGAGGAAAUUUGUUCUGAAAUCCAGUUCAAGUGUAAGUCAUCUGGCGAAUGUAUCCCUCGUUUAUGGGUGUGUGAUGAGACCAAAGACUGUCGAGACUCAAGUGAUGAGGAAAACUGUGGCUUCACGCAGUCACUGUCGACUUCAUCUCCAUCACUGUCGACAUCCAUCAAUAUCGAGAAGGAAGAUCCGUGUGAGAGAAAAGAGUGCAGCCACCACUGUUUGUCGUCACGUCUGCUGCCUUCAGGCUUCAUUUGCUACUGCCCUUCGGGAAUGCGGCUUCAGGACGACCGUCGCACCUGUGUUGCCAAGGAACCCGACCAAGUGAUGGAGUUCCCAUGGAAAACCGGCUAGUGUCCGGACACUUGUAUGUGUUGUGGAACACCCGGGUGUGUGUGCUGUGUGUAAACCCACGUGUGUGUUGUGUGUAACACCCACGUGUGUGUUCUGUGCAACACCCAUAUGUCUGUUGUGUGGAAUACCCACGUGUGUUGUGUGGAACACCCAUGUAUGUGUUGCGUGGAACACCCACGUGUGUGUUGUGUGCUGUGGGACACCCAGCUGUGUCGUCAUAACACAUGCUUUUGUUUAAUAACCGUACAACGUUUAAAAUCCCCCAGUCAGUAGACACAGAAUAAAUCCCGUCAAUCAAGUGUAUAUAUACUGAGAGAUACAAAUCUCUGUGUACAUUUCUAUGAAUAUAUAUCUCUAUGAAUAUUUCUUUUCUCCUCAAGAAAUGAAAAACUUAUAAUAAAGUUUCACUGAUCA